CCAUUAACUUUGAGACGAGGGAGCGGGAACUCAUUUCUGGGGUUUAGGACUCAUUUCUGCAACUCUUUAUUGGCAGAAUGUAAAGCAUCCAAUGUUAGUGCUGGGAAAAAAAACAUGGAGGAUGAGAAGGAAAUGUGUAAAAAAAAAAAAAAAAAAAAAGUGGAGGCUGAAUUUCUGAUAAAACUAAUGCAGAAGUUUUGAGAUUUUCUCGUGUUUCUGGAGCGCUGCUCUCCCAGUUCAUAAAUGAAUGCACAUUUUCUUAUUGUUGCGUCCUAAAACCUGAUUAUAACAGAACAUGAGAACAUGAGAAUAUAAAAAAAAUCAGAGAGCUCUUGUUACAAACAUGUAUUACAAUCUUUACAGUCACCACAUUGGUUUGUCCGCACUGUGUUGAUGUCUGCACACAGUGUGAUGCUGGCACUGCACCCUGCUAACAGCCACAUGUCCGUGUCAGUGCCUCUGAUGAGCUAAUCUAGCGGUCAGCGUGGUGACGAGAUCCCCAACUGAGAGAUGGCCUUCUUCAAGAGCUUCCAGCAGAACCUCCCAUCUGUCAACAUUUCCUCCGUCCUGGACGCAGUCACCAGUCGCGUGGACGACUUGGCCAACGCUGUCAGCGACGUCACUUACGCUGUCAGCGACCAGCUGACUGAGCAGGUCACCACUAUCAUCAACAAGGUGCAGGACGAGGAAGAUGGGGAGAACAGCGGUGGCCAGGAGUCUGGUCAGACUUCAGCAGCGCAGGAAGGAGGAAGCAAGGCCGGAAACGCAUCCUCAAAGACCGACCAGUCCGGUGAUGCUAAAGAAGCAGAGUGCACUCAGAGCCAGCUGGAGUGGGAAUGGAGGGACGGGUGCUGGCGAGUUAAAAAGACAGAGGCCGAGUUAGCAGAGGAGGAGAAGAGGAAGAAAGAGGAGAAGGAGCUGCAGGAAUCCCAAAAUGGAGAGCAAGAGGAAGGAGCCGACGGUUUAGAGAAAACAGACGACAGUAAUGGACGAGACAUGAAGGCAAGUGACAAGGGAGACAACUCCUCUGCUCAGCAAGGAGGCGACAACAGUCCUCCUCCAUCAUCUGGUCCUGAGGCUGAGAGCAGGUUUUUGAAACAGAAAAAGGAAAACGAAGAGGGAGAAGUGGAGGAGGUGGAGAACAGCCUGGAGAGAGAGGGAGAUGAUGAGGAAGAGGCUGAGCUUUCCAGAUCUUCCUCAACAGUGAAAAAAAAAAAUCUCCAUUUGUUCUGUCCAGAGGGAGUUUUAUCAGACAGCGAGGAGGACAAAGGCCCCGAGGCUGUGGCUCAGCAGAACACGACUUCUGCGUGGAGCAACAAACGCAAACAGUCCGCUGAGCAGGGAGGCUACAGCAGUGAAGCCUCCAGUGAACGGGCCAACAGCAUCCAGAGAAUAAAGAAAGAUUCCUCCCUCAGUGAGCCUCAGCCUCCUCCGUACCAAGAUGAGGGCUCUGUGGUGCGCGUGUCCUCUCGGUCCCGCUCGGAGCGAGGGGUCAGGAGGGGGUCGUCCCCACAGCGCUGCGACAGCCCCCGCUGCUCUAGUGAAGCCAGUGUGGAGCAGGAUACUGAGAGCUACCUCAAUAAAGGCUGCGAGGAGGACAUUCCCAGUGACAGCACCGCUGUGCUGGGACCAGAGGACGGCUCCGGUCCUCAGCUCCCUACAGCCUACGAGCCAGAGCCACUUGCCAAAUACGGCACCCUGGACGUCGCCUUCGAGUACGACUCUGGUGAGCAGUGGUUGGCCGUCACAGUCACCGCGGCAACAGACAUCCCUGCUCUCAAACAGACGGGCAACAUCGCAUGGCAGGUCCACCUGGUCCUGCUGCCCACCAAAAAGCAGCGGGCCAAGACCGGCGUGCAGAAGGGCCCGUGUCCUGUCUUCACGGAAACAUUCAAGUUUUCCCGGGUGGAACAGGAGGCCCUGGGGGACUACGCUGUUCGUUUCCGCCUGUACAGCAUCAGGCGGAUGAAAAAGGAGAAGGUCCUGGGAGAGAAGGUGUUCUACCUGACUAAGCUCAACCUGCAGGGGAAGAUCGCUCUGCCCGUCACCCUGGAGCCGGGCUCUGAACUCACAGGUUGCGGCUCUGUGGUGAGCGUGUCUCGCAGUGCAGGAGCCCUGUCCUAUCGCUCUACUGAAGACUCCUCCCUGCCUGAGAUCCUCCUGGGUCUCAUCUACAACUCUGCCACAGGACAGUUAUCAGCUGAGGUCAUCCAGGGCAGCCACUUUAAAACCACAGUGUCGGAUAAACCCGUCAACGGUCUGUUCUGUUGUAUUAAACACUUCGUAGGAGGGCAGCUUUAUAUCAUGAGAGACACCUACGUGAAGCUGACUAUGCUGGACUCCAAGGGAAAAGAGAUGUCCAAGUGUAAGACGGCCGUGUGCCGCGGCCAGCCCAACCCCACCUACAAGGAGACGUUCCUGUUCCAGGUGGCGCUCUUCCAGCUGUCCGAGGUGUCCCUGGUGCUGUCGGUGUUCUGUCGCCGGAGCAGCAUGAGGCCCAGGGAGAGGCUGGGCUGGGUCUCCCUGGGCCUCAACAGCACCGGCGAGGAGCAGCAGGCCCACUGGACAGAGAUGAAGGAGGCGGAGGGGCAGCAGGUCUGCCACUGGCACACACUCACCGACACAUAGGAGGAAGAUUUAUGAAGACUUUACAACAUUCCCUGGAGAGUUUUUGGGGGGGAGCAGAAAGCACGUUGUGAGAUGUGUGAUAUGUGUGUGCUGCAUACAGGUGUGAGGGCGGUCUUCACUGCCAGAGACUGCACGAGCACCCUUUAAUCUGCCACUUUUCUCUGAAGCAGA